CUGCUCAGUCAUGUGAUCAGCUGUGUCCAAUCACAGCUGAUCGCAUGUAAACAGGGAAAUGCCGGUUAUCGGCAUUUCUCUCCUCACGAACUGUCACGCUGACAGCUCGAGAGGAAAGGAGAGCUGCCCCAGCAGUGCCACCUGUCAGUGUCCAUCAGUGCCAGCUGUCAGUGCUCAUCCAUGCCACCUGCCAGUGCCCAUCAGUGCCACAUCAAUGCCACAUAUCAGUGCCUACCAGUGCCACCUAUCAGUGCUGCCAAUCACUGCCACCUAUCAGUGCCAGUCAGUGCCACCUAUCAGUGCCCUGCCAGUCAGUGCCACCUAACAGUGCCAGUCAGUGUCACAUAUCAGUGAAAGUCAGUGCCGCCUAUCAGUGCCACCUAUCAGUGCUGCCUUUCAGUGCCCAUCAGUG